UGUUAGCUUGAGCGUCUCUGGAAAGACACCCAACUCCACUGUCAAGUCUCUCUGAAAAGACCCCCGAGAAGGACAUCUCAUCUGAGGCUAGAAAAGAUGGGCAAAAUGCAACCUUUGGCUGCCAUUGCAGUGUUUUUAGUGUGUGUACAAGCCAAGGUGUACUUUCGGGAUGAGUUCACAGACGGCGAUGAAUGGCGAAGUCGUUGGGUGGACUCCAAGCACAAGUCUGACUACGGCCAAUGGAAACUGACGGCUGGCGACUUCUAUGGGGACGCCGAGAAGGACAAAGGUCUCCAAACAAGCCAGGAUGCCCGAUUCUACGCGUCAUCGGCCCGCUUUGAGCCAUUCAGCAAUGAGGGCAAGAGUCUGGUCAUCCAGUUCACCGUCAAACACGAGCAAAAGAUCGACUGUGGCGGCGGCUACGUCAAAGUCUUCCCGGCGGACUUAGAUCAGACCGCCAUGCACGGGGAGUCCUCGUACUACAUCAUGUUUGGCCCGGAUAUUUGUGGCUACAGCACCAAAAAGGUGCACGUCAUUUUCAAUUACAAGGGCCAGAAUCACCUCAUCAAGAAGGAAAUCAAGUGCAAAGAUGACGAGCUGACCCACCUGUACACGCUGAUCCUGAAUCCCGACCAGACCUAUGAGGUGAAGAUUGACAACGAGAAGGUGGAGUCCGGCAGCCUCGAGGAGGACUGGGACUUCCUGCCCCCGAAGAAGAUUAAGGAUCCUGAAGCCAAAAAGCCAGAGGACUGGGACGACCGCGCAAAGAUUGAUGACCUUGACGACACCAAGCCCGAGGACUGGGACAAACCUGAAAACAUCCCUGACCCUGAUGCCAAAAAGCCAGACGACUGGGAUGAGGACAUGGACGGCGAAUGGGAACCACCCAUGAUCCCCAACCCAGAGUACAAGGGAGAGUGGAAACCCAAGCAGAUGGACAAUCCCGACUACAAAGGAAUCUGGGUGCACCCUGAGAUCGACAAUCCCGAGUACAGCCCCGACUCGACAAUCUACAAAUUUGACAGGGUCGGUGUGAUUGGUCUCGACCUUUGGCAGGUGAUAUCCGGCACCAUCUUUGACAAUUUCGUGAUCACGGACGACGUGAAGGAAGCUGAGGACAUUGGAAAGGAGACGUGGGGCGUCACAAAGGAACCUGAGCGUAAAAUGAAACAGGAACAAGAUGACCUAAAACGAAAGGAAGAGGAGGAGAAAAACAAAGAGCAGGACACCCACGCAGAGGAGGAGGAAGAGGAUGAAGAUGAAGACGAGGAGGAAGACGAGGGACUUUCAGAAGCGGAUGAGGAUGACGCAAAGCCCAAAGAUGAGCUUUGAGGAGCUCUGCUUUCCAGAGAGGGUGGGGAAAAAACUCUUGUGUACAUUCCAGGGAUAUCGUGGCUGCUAUCCAUCCUCACCCUAAAAACACAUCAACAAGGAGGAUAAAUGUCACUAUGUCAACAUGGCGUCUCCAUACUACUGACUAGACGCACAGUUUCAAUUACAUUUUUCUGAAGCUCCAUCUUCUUAGAUUGAGGGAUCUCCUGUCAUUUCCUCGUCACGUUUUGGCUUGAGUGAAUGGUGAACAUGCCACAUUUGCAGCAAUUCAUUCAUAUUUAAGGGGUAACAUUCUGUCUUUCGCUGUUUGAAAACAACUGUGUACCUGUCACAUCUCCCAAAGACAAAGGAUACGAUUGUAAUGUUUCCCCAUUCACCCACCCUGCAAUGCAAAUAGAAAUUGUUCGAAUACAAUGCAGUCUUUGCCUCCAAAUGAGUGAAAUCACUGUCUUCUUUUAAUUCUAAUGUGAUCAAAGCUGUCCACUCCUUCCCUGGUCUGACUAAAGCAAGGCAUUGCUUAUUUCUAUUGGUCUAAAUAAAUGAUUAUACCAAACUUUUCA